GUUGAGCCUCGGUGUGUGUAACUGUGAUGUGUCAAAAGUUAUUAAUCUGUGUAUAUUUUAUUGUGUUGAAUUAAAAUACUUAUUUAUGGUGACCUAACGCAAAGAGAGAAGGAAUUAUCCUUCUUUACUUAUUGUUUUGUGAAGUGUUUGGUAGUGCCGGAGUUUGUUAGUGCAAAGAGUAAGUUGGGAGAAAUCUCUAAAAUAUGGCGGAUUCAAGUUAUUAUCAGGGGGACUACAUCCGCCAUCCGGUGCUGUACGAGUUGAGUCACAAGUACGGCUUUCAAACAGAGGCGGUUCCUGAGGCGGCGCUUCCAUGUAAACUGGAGGAACUUAAGGAACAUAUUCGGCGUGAGAUUCGAAAAGAGCUUAAAAUUAAAGAGGGGGCAGAAAAAUUAAGGGAGGUUGCUACUGAUCGUAAAUCUUUAUCAGAUGUUGCACAUAUCGUUAAAAAGUCAAAUUCAAAAUUGGGGGAACUGCAUGCCGAACUGCAGGAACUAGAGAGUCAAAUUAUUUUAACACAGGGACAAAGUGCCUUACCUUCGCCUCUCACUCCACCCACAUCCAACAACGGACAUGAUGGAUACUCGUCGCCGGUGGUGGCGGCCCCGCAGAACUCCGGGUUCGCCAACGACCUCCGACUGGUCUCCUUGGAGAAACAGCUCAACAUCGAGCUUAAGGUUAAGCAAGGAGCAGAGAACAUGAUACAGAGUUUGACCAGUGGACAUACUCGGGACAAGAAGCUGCUGGCAGAGGCACAACAGAUGUUGGCUGACUCUAGGGCCAAGAUAGAGUACCUGCGCAUGAGGAUCAUGAAGGUUAAACAGAAUCGAACACAGAAGUCGCAAGAUCAUUCCUCUAAUGGUGACCUCUCCCAUAAGGAUAAGGUGGAGAGCAACUUGGAGCUCCCACUGGAGGAGAGAGUGGAAGAGCUGCGACACAGGCUGAGGAUAGAAGCUGCUGUGGUGGAAGUAACCUUCAUGGUCUUGUUACAGAUAAGGUGGAGAGCAACUUGGAGCUCCCACUGGAGGAGAGAGUGGAAGAGCUGCGACACAGGUGGAGAGCAACUUGGAGCUCCCACUGGAGGAGAGAGUGGAAGAGCUGCGACACAGGCUGAGGAUAGAAGCUGCUGUGGUGGAAGUAACCUUCAUGGUCUUGUUACAGAUAAGGUGGAGAGCAACUUGGAGCUCCCACUGGAGGAGAGAGUGGAAGAGCUGCGACACAGGCUGAGGAUAGAAGCUGCUGUGGUGGAAGUAACCUUCAUGGUCUUGUUACAGAUAAGGUGGAGAGCAACUUGGAGCUCCCACUGGAGGAGAGAGUGGAAGAGCUGCGACACAGAUAAGGUGGAGAGCAACUUGGAGCUCCCACUGGAGGAGAGAGUGGAAGAGUUGCGACACAGGCUGAGGAUAGAAGCUGCUGUGGUGGAAGUAACCUUCAUGAUCUUGUUACAGAUAAAUAAAGUGGAGAGCAACUUGGAGCUCCCACUGGAGGAGAGGGUGGAAGAGUUAAAACACAGGUUGAGGAUAGAAGCUGCUGUGGUGGAAGUAACCUUCAUGGCCUUGUUACAGAUAAGGUGGAGAGCAGCUUGGAGCUCCCACUGGAGGAGAGGGUGGAAGAAUAAAGUGGAGAGCAACUUGGAGCUCCCACUGGAGGAGAGGGUGGAAGAGUUAAAACACAGGUUGAGGAUAGAAGCUGCUGUGGUGGAAGUAACCUUCAUGGUCUUGUUACAGAUAAGGUGGAGAGCAGCUUGGAGCUCCCACUGGAGGAGAGGGUGGAAGAAUAAGGUGGAGAGCAGCUUGGAGCUCCCACUGGAGGAGAGGGUGGAAGAGUUAAAACACAGGCUGAGGAUAGAAGCUGCUGUGGUGGAAGUAACCUUCAUGGUCUCGUUACAGAUAAAGUGGAGAGCAACUUGGAGCUCCCACUGGAGGAGAGGGUGGAAGAGUGGAGAGCAGCUUGGAGCUCCCACUGGAGGAGAGAGUGGAAGAGUUGCGACACAGGCUGAGGAUAUAAGCUGCUGUGGUGGAAGUAACCUUCAUGGUCUUGUUACAGAUAAGGUGGAGAGAAACUUGGAGCUCCCACUGGAGGAGAGAGUGGAAGAGCUGCGACACAGGCUGAGGAUAGAAGCUGCUGUGGUGGAAGUAACCUUCAUGGUCUUGUUACAGAUAAGGUGGAGAGCAACUUGGAGCUCCCACUGGAGGAGAGAGUGGAAGAGUUGCGACACAGAUAAGUUGGAGAGCAACUUGGAGCUCCCACUGGAGGAGAGAGUGGAAGAGCUGCGACACAGGCUGAGGAUAGAAGCUGCUGUGGUGGAAGUAACCUUCAUGGUCUUGUUACAGAUAAGGUGGAGAGCAACUUGGAGCUCCCACUGGAGGAGAGAGUGGAAGAGCUGCGACACAGAUAAGGUGGAGAGCAACUUGGAGCUCCCACUGGAGGAGAGAGUGGAAGAGUUGCGACACAGGCUGAGGAUAGAAGCUGCUGUGGUGGAAGGAGCCAAGAAUGUCAUCAGACUGCUGCAGAGCUCUAAAGUGGCUGACAAGAAAGCCCUACAAGAGGCACAAGCGUCGCUGUCCGAAUCUUCUCGCAAGCUUGAUCUGCUGCGAUGUUCGCUGGAGCUGCGCCACAAGGAGUUGCCGCCGGACUCGGCUGCGGCGCAGCAACUCAAGGCAGAGAUACAGAGUGUCCAGGCUACCAGCCCUGGGCCUGUCACCUACACUAGUCUGCAGCCCUUCCCUCGUCAUGAUGCCGCCAAGCCUGCCUCCAGCAACCCUUCUAGCCUCAGCCGCACAGCUGCUGUCACUGGCAAGCUGGAAGUCAGGCUGAUGGGGUGCCAGGACCUGUUGGAGGAUGUGCCCGGAAGGUCCAGGAGAGAGAAGGACAACUCGUCCAGUCCAGGAGAUCUGAGGUCCUUUGUCAAAGGAGUGACAGGCCGCAGUUCCAGUAAGAGCUACAGCGUCAAGGAUGAAACUAGCAAUGAGAUCAUGGCAGUUAUCAAGUUGGACAACCAGACAGUGGCCCAGACUAGCUGGCGUCCCUGCUCACAACAGGCCUGGGACCAGAGGUUCUCCAUAGAACUAGACAAGUCGCGAGAGCUAGAGAUAGGAGUGUUCUGGAGAGACUGGCGCUCGCUGUGUGCCAUCAAGUUCCUGAGAUUGGAGGAGUUCAUAGACGACAUCCGACAUGGCAUGGCUCUGCAGCUAGAACCCCAGGGCCUUCUGUUUGCUGAGAUUAAAUUCUUGAAUCCAAUGAUCUCACGUAAACCCAAGCUGCAAAGGCAGAGAAAGAUCUUCAAGCAGCAGGUGAAGAAUUUCCCACGAGCCAAGCAGAUGAAUAUCAAUGUUGCCACAUGGGGCAGACUGCUGAAGAGGUCGUCGCCCUCCAUACAGAACUCUAGGACACACUCAGAGAGUCCACCUUCUACUGGGAGUGAGGUAGAAGACAAGCCAGAAGCCCCAGGUGAGGCCCCAGACCCGGGUGUGGCGGGGCUGAGUGGUGCCAGGCCGCUGGGUAUGGGUGUAGCAGUGCUGCCCCCGCUGCCCCCGGACAUGCCUUUCCUCCCCUCCGCUGUGGCUAAGAAGCGACCACCUACCUUGCCUACUGUACCUCCGCCACCACCGCCGCCUCCACCUAGACUUGACCAGGAGUUGCAGAGUGCGCUGAGAGAGUUUGACUUCCUUCAGGAGGAGGAGAGAGGGGGAGUGAGACCACUUCCUCACCCCCCUGCACCCCCUACCCAGCCUCCAACUCCUUCUCCGCUUAUAGAGUUCCCCCAGGAAGAGCCUGAGUAUCCUCGUCCGCCAGCUAGAGCCCUAGAGUAUAGAGACUCAGCGUACGAGUCUCGCAGACAUUCUCAGUUCUCUGGUAUGACCAUGGACAACUUCAGGCUGCUUAGUGUCUUGGGCCGUGGACACUUUGGCAAGGUGAUCCUAUCACAGUACCGCAACACCGGGGAGUAUUUCGCCAUCAAGGCACUCAAGAAGGGUGACAUAAUCGCUCGUGACGAGGUGGAGUCUCUGCUGUCAGAGAAGAGAAUAUUUGAGGUGGCAAACACUAUGAGGCAUCCCUUCUUGGUCAACUUGUUUGCCUGCUUCCAGACCGAGGGCCACGUAUGUUUUGUGAUGGAGUAUGCGGCCGGUGGUGAUCUGAUGAUGCACAUACAUGCUGACGUGUUCACGGAGCCUCGUGCUGUGUUCUAUGCAGCCUGUGUUGUCUUGGGACUGCAAUAUCUGCAUGAGAGCAAGAUCAUUUAUAGAGAUCUCAAGUUGGACAACCUGCUGCUGGACACCGAGGGGUAUGUGAAGAUCGCAGACUUUGGACUUUGUAAGGAAGGGAUGGGAUUUGGAGAUCGCACAGGCACAUUCUGUGGCACACCCGAGUUCCUGGCACCCGAGGUGCUCACAGAGACAUCCUACACCCGAGCCGUGGACUGGUGGGGUCUGGGCGUGCUGAUAUUUGAGAUGCUUGUAGGAGAGUCACCGUUCCCUGGAGAUGAUGAGGAGGAAGUAUUUGAUUCUAUAGUCAAUGAUGAGGUUCGCUACCCAAGAUUCCUGUCACUAGAGGCCAUUGCUAUAAUGAGAAGGCUGCUGCGUAAGAACCCUGAGCGAAGGCUUGGCUCCAGUGAGAGAGAUGCAGAGGAUGUCAAGAAGCAAGCGUUCUUCCGUAGCAUACCCUGGGAAGACUUGCUGCUGCGUCGAUUCAAACCUCCCUUCGUGCCAACUGUGCAUGGCGUGGAAGACGUGAGUAACUUUGAUGAAGAGUUUACGUCAGAACUGCCUCAGCUGACUCCUCCCAAGGACCCACGACCUCUCACUGACGAUGAGCAGACACUCUUCAGAGACUUCACUUACAUGGCUGACUGGUGUUGAUGUGGAAAUUGAUUGGGUGACCUGAGCUCAAUUUGAAACCCGGUUUUUGACUAUCUUUUUCACGGCAAUGAAAGUUUUAUAUUUAUGAGCUGCCUUAUACUUGAUAUAUUUACUAUUUUACUAUUAUUGGAUAAAUCACUGAUAUAUCAUAAAACCUGUUGUAGUAAAGUAGGUGCUGUUAUGUUUUGAUCAAACAAUCAAAUUUUGUUUAAUUCUGUUUACAUAUAAAUAUACCUUUGAUAUUUGUAAGUAAAUUAAAUUGUUUCAAUUCCUAUAGUUUAGUUGUAUUGUAGUUUUUUAUGGAGCAAACACAUAUCAUUGAUCUAACAUUUUAUAUCAAAUAAAAGUGGUUCAAUUGAUCCGAAACAGCUAUUAAUAACAUUUUAGAGCAUUAAGGGCAAGUUUAGUUCUACUUAUUUUUAUAAAAUUCUCCAGUAAUUUUUUAACUCAACAUUUUACAAUGCAUGUAAUUUUCUUAAAGUCAAUAGACAAGCUCAAUAUUUUCAGUUAGGUGCUGGUUUUUGGGAACCAGCCAACAAAGAAAUUGCACAUAAAUCCCCUCAACCUCAACCAAUUAAUGAGGUCUGCAUCCCAGCUAUUUGGUUAUAACAGUUUUUAUUGAUCGAUAGUCGUAAUCAAGUUGUACAUUUUCAGUUGUAAAUAUCGUGUAAAUACGGUCUAUAACACAAUACCGAGGCAGCUAGCUGAGUGAGACGUGCCUUUAUGAGGGACUGGGUGAUUUAUAAAGUUGUAUAUCAUUCUUAUAUUUGAUGUAGCUGAUCAAUUACAUCAGUUUUGUAUUGAAUAGUUUUAUAUUGAUUAUCAUCACACCCAGUGCAGUGUUGUUAACUUUCCCGUUUGUUCCCAGCAUUCUUAUUAUCCUAAAUAAAAUCAAAGGUUUAAGUGGUGGCUAGUCAUGUCUUGUGUUUAUAAGUGAGUUUGACAGGCAAACUUGAGUAUUCCGUAUAAACUCAUUGAAACCUUAUUCUAAAUCAUUGAUAAAGAAUUGGAUUUUACAUCUGAAAAAUAAUAGCAAAACUUAUUCAGUCAAUGCGAGGCAGAUUGUGAGAGAAUUUUUUCAAGAAUGUUUCUAGCCACCUCUUAUGAAACUUGAAAACACACAAGCAUACAAGUGAUAAAGCAUAUUUUAACUUUAUCAUGAGUAUUAUUUUUAUUUAUGCAUGUUUAAAAACCUUUUUCAUAUUUUACAUGGGUGUUAUUUAACAGCUAAGUUUUUCUAAUUUACAACAACAAAAAGUUUAAAUCAAGUUAAAGAGUGAUGCUUUUGAAUUUAUUUUACAACUGUGCAGAAUUUUACAACUUUAUUUCAGCUGCUUCUUAUCAGAGUGAAGUUUAUAAACAUAAGAUUGUGUAUUUUUGUUACUCAAUCAAAGAUAUUUUGCUGAUAUUCAGGCUACUAGGUGUUAAUAUAUAAAAAAUGUCUAUAUAAUUGAUAUAUUAAAGCAUUCUACUCAAACUUUUCAUCUAAGUUCUAAGAUUUUAAACACCUAAUCUAGCAAUAUACUUUGCCUUUUAGAUACAUUAAUGCUUUUCAUUAAAAUCCAAAAUGCAUUUUAUAUAUUUAUUAUUUACCCUAGGAAUUAUUGACAAUAAACACAUUGUGAAAAGUGAUACGACUGCCAUUUUUGGUAGUUGUGCUAUGAAACAUUGUGGUUUUUAUAUUCAACAGUUUGCUCAAAGAAUUGAAAUAAUUAAAAUCGAGGUUUUUAAAAUGAUCACACUUAUGAAUACCUGUACGUGAAAGUAACAAGAUUACGAAUACCACUAUAAGUAUUAUUAUGUAUUUUAAACAGUGUUUUAUAUGAAUAGAGGAGAUAUUUAAAUGGAUUUUAAAAGAUUGUAUCAAUAUAGUAUUGCUUAUUUUUAUAGAUCCUAUUUUAAUGGUUGUUUUAUUUGAAAUCAUUAAUUUGUCUCUGAACGACUGAUUGAGGCUGCUUUUUUAAGUAUUUUCACAAACGAUAAUGAUUCUAAAGCAUGUUAAUUUAUGAUAAAUCACAGAUUUAUAGCAUUUAUGUGCAUGUUAUUAGAUAUAUAAAUAUAUAUUUGGAUAUUUUAUUUUUAUUGCAACUGUUACGUUUGAGAUUUUGAAGCUUGCAGGUCUGUAUAACAAAACCUGACACUUUUUUCGGUUGUUUUUAAAGUUUUGUAAAAUGUUCAAGAACUAAUUUUAUAUUAGCUUUAGCUAGUGAUGUCUAUGCGAACGUUUUGUUUCUAUUCUCACUGCUUAUUGUGAAUAUGUAUAAAUAAAUGUAAAAAUAUUCUAACCUGGUUUUGAAAUUGCCUUAGCUAACAUUAACUAUUAAGAUGCUCAUUAUGACUAGCUUCAUAGUCAUAUAAUCAACUUUAAAUCAAUAUUUCUCUAGGUAUUUUAAGGUCUUUAAAUUUAAACCUGUUUGAGUUAACAAUUUUUAACUUUUUAUUUGUAAAACAUUGAUGACCUUUUGCUUUGUAAUUUACACUGUAUGUUAAUAUGAAUCAACUGUUGUAAUAAUAAGCAAUGUUAAAAUUAACUGUCGGCUUGUUUACCUUUCCAUAACAUAAUAAAUUAUGGUUUAACAUACAAUCGGAAAGGUGAAUGAUCAUCAAUUAUUUAUAGAUGAUUAUCAAUUGUUAUGUACUCUACUCUUUAAAAAAAAUCAUACUUUUUAAGCACAUUUUAAACUUAAGCUGGCUUAUGGACUGUUUCUAACAUGCUUAAAAUUUUGUAUUAUCUUGAAAUAUACAGUCAGUCCUUGAAUAUUAUAAUCAAACUCGUUUAAGGAGGCGUUUUGUUCUCCACAUUAAACUAAGAGCGGUUCUAUAUUUACCGUACCUUUUUUCAAUGCAUCUCACACACUGUAUUGCCUGUCAUGUAUAUACCAAAAGUUAUUUGUUAUGUCCAUGGUCCUAAAAAUGCCAGUAAAAGUGCUACUAUAUCAAACAAAUAUUGCUAGAAAGAAAUAUUAUUCUACCUUUUUUUUAUGAAAGCAUAUCAUUGUAAUUGUUAUAAAGCAAAAGGUCUCUCUAAAUAUAACGGUUUUACUCUGGAGAAAUGAGGACAAAGUAGUUCUAUAUUUUACAAUUCCACCUUAUUUUUCUACCUGCCUGUAAUGAAUAAAAUAUCUUACAUGGAUAAUAAAUGCAUCCAAAAUGUUUAUUUAUAAGUUACUUAACAAGCUCUUAUGAUUGUGUAUUACCUGUUUUUAUGAUGGUUUUUAUUUCAGUGUCCUUUAAAGCACUAAAAUCUUCCCAGACUGUAAAAUGGAUUUGAACUUGAGUGUUAGUUCCUCAUUUCUACAGAGCCCACUUCCUAUGAAUCACACAUUGCUCAUAACUACCAUAUGCCAAAUUAAUACCUAAACAGUUGUAUGUGAACUGGUGAUAUUGACUGCCAGUAGGCAAGAUCAAGUUUUGGUCUAUUUUAAUGUUAUUAUUACUGUUACAUUCACUAGAAAUA